UCAAUUUUACCAAGUUCGACUAGCGAAUGAGAACCAAAUCUCCCGUCGUCGACUUUUAGAACUCUCGCUCUGAUUCAAACCAACUGAAGUUUCAGCCGAAUUUACAUGACGUGGAGCUUAUGUGUCGAGCAUCUUCGCCACGUCAUUGCAGCUUCGAACUGUGACUAGGUAUGGCUGGAGCUGGGCUUGGCAUCGCAUUUGGAGGCAGCUCUUUCUUUGUUCGAGAACAGCCGGUCUUCAGAAUUAUGGCGACUUCCAUGAAAUCGGCACCUCUACAAAUUCCAUCCAAGAAAGUUGUGCUGGGAUGUGGAACGGUGGUGAUCGACUAUCUAGCUAGCGUGUCCGCUUUCCCUCAACCCGAUGACAAGAUACGAUCUAUCGAUUUUCAGUUUCAAGGCGGUGGAAACGUAGGGAACUCCUUGACUGGUGCCGCAAGGCUAGGAUUGAAACCAGUGCUUAUCUCUAAAGUUGCAGAUGAUGCAUUGGGCCUCAGAAUUUUAGAAGAGCUGAAGAAAGACGGAGUUGAUACUUCUCAUGUUGUGGUGGCUAAGGGGGGUGUCUCACCAUUCACUUACAUCAUCAUCGACAAAGAGAGGUUAACAAGGACGUGUAUCCACACUCCUGGACAUCCUCCUAUGUUGCCGACAGAGAUAGACACGGCCACACUUUCCAGCGUCUUGCAGGGAACAGAUCUUGUGUUUUUUGACUGUCGACUCACCGACACAGCCGUUAAAAUUGCGAAGAUGGCUACGGAGCUAAAACUUCCCAUUCUCGUGGACGCUGAAAAGAAGAGAGAAUUUUUGGAUGAGCUACUUGUCUACUGCGACUACAUGGUUGCUUCAUCACGGUUUCCGGAGGCAUGGACGAACUCGAAAAACCUUGCUGAAGCACUACUUUGUGUAGCCUCAAAACUGCCGAAGUUGAAGUUUAUAAUUGUCACACUCGGGGCAGAGGGUUGCGUUAUGCUUGAAAGAAGUACAACUACUGACCAUGGAGAGACCAUGGAUGUCAAUCAAACUCUCGACUCCUUACGGCAACAAGUAUCCGCAAUCAAGAGUCCUCAACCUCGCGUCGUAUCGUCCAAGAUGGGACGGCUUGUACCUUCGACUGGCUCAAGAAUUGCGAUUUUUGGAAGACUGAUUGUUGGAACAGCUCAGGAGGUACCCGCGGCUCAACUGGCGGACACAACUGGAGCUGGCGAUGCAUUUGUUGGAGCUGUCAUGUACUCUCUAUGCGCGGGAUUCACUGCGGAACGGAUGCUUCCUUUUGCAGCGACAGUGGUAAUUGCUCUCAAGCUCUUGGUCGUGAAUUAUAUGUUAUACUUCGACCUUCUUCUUGCAUAUAAAUUCGUCAUGAAGCCUCUUUUCUCUCAGUGAUCUUGCAUUUCUAAAGCUCUUGUUCUUCGUUCUUAUGUUCUUCCGUAAAGUUCAUGUCUUUUCAAGUUCGCACAGACUGUUAUCUUCUCAAAUUCUCGAGCUAAAGUUUGGAUUUCGUGUU